GUUUGAGGUGUCAGAUGGAGAGAAGAUCUCGAGCAGCACAGACCUGUUAGCAGGCUGUGGACGAUGUGUGGACUCCUCGCGCUUCAGCUCAGACUCAGCUAACGCGUCUUCACACGGUCUACACCCGCAGACACGCCGCGCGCGCUCCGCCUCAUAUCUGGAGCUGCGUUUCUGAGAGAGGCACGCGCUGCGCUGCGUCCGGGAACAAUAGGAGCAGAUGGGCUGCAGCGAGGACCAGAGCUUCUCCAGAAAGGACCUGCCUGUGGAUCACUGAAACUAAAGGAGAUGCUUAUGGGAACCUCUGAUUCCUUAUCGAGAAGGAUAUCUUUGUCAGACGCGCUAUCAUGACUGAUGGCGAGGGGAGAGAACACUUUCACUUCUUGGAGGGCGAGGAGGCGCAGGUGCCCAUUGCUGCGCUGUACAGGGAUGAGGAGGCGAAAGGCAGCGGCAGCAGCAGUGGUGGUGGUGUUGGUGGUGGUGGUGCCUGGAGCUCCGUUCCCGGGUGCGCGGAGGAGGUGCGUACAUCCGGAGCUCGGGAGCCAGCACCUGACCUGCUGUCUGAAGAAGAGGAGCAGCCGUACCCAAAACAUGCAGCCGUCGUCUUCUUCUGCUUCAAACAGACCACACGGCCGAGGAGCUGGUGUCUCAGGCUGGUGUGUAACCCAUAUCCUUUCUAACUCCCCUUACGGAGUGCUGGUAUAGGGCUCUGGAUAGUCUGAAAUGUGGGGUUGGACACGUGUUUAGCACAAUAUACAACACAUAGUGCAUCAUGAAAAUGAGGAAAGUUUCAACAUGUGCUUUGUUUUGAGGGAAAUUAGAGGGAAAAUAGGUUUAAAUUCAGAACUUACAUUAGG